AUGUUACUGGGACAACAGACUUGUUCACAAAAAGCCAUUCCUUUGUGCUCAUAUUUCAAUCCACACAGGGAGGAAGAGAAGCAAAGAAAGAGAUGCAUGCCUUAUGGGUCUCCUUGAAGGAUAAUGUCAAAUGUGGAAACAAGCUCAACGAUGUAAUCAAGCAGCAAACAAAAUGCGGCAAAGGAAGUGGCUAUUCAGAAAAGGAGAAAAUGAACGGAUAUAACAGACCUCUUACAGAAACUCCAACUGGCCUAAUAGUUUCAAGACCAAGCAACUCACUGGUACGGCUUCAUGAGCUGAGUGUUGGAGACCCAUCAAGAAAAAUUGUUGAGAUGAUCUUUCAGAAAGCUUGGUUGAACACCUCAAAGCCACUGAAGAGGGUUAGAACAGUUCUAAGGGUGAGGUACUCAGAAGAAGUCCAUGAAAAGUUUGAAAAGUACAGAGAAUAUGUGAAGAAGGUGGCAUCUGAGCAAUAUCCAAGGCAUCCAAGGAGCACGGUAGAUGGAAAUGAACUGUUGCGGUUCUAUGGUACUACAGUGAGAUGUUUCCCAGGGAAAUCUACUAAGAAAGUUCAUGAUAUCUGUAAAGAUCCAUCUUGUUAUCUUUGCCAAAUAAUUCAAUUUAAUUUCAACACGCGAUGCGCCGAGAUUCACUUGAAUACAAGUGGCAAAGAGUUGAGUAAUAGAACUGCCACUGCUAGAGUAUAUAAUGUGAAAAAAGCUGCAAUAAUUUGCAGGAUAAUUGCUGGAACUGCAGUAAAUGAAGUUGAUGGUGAAUAUGAAGUGUCUCACUCAACUGGGUUAGGAGAAAUGCAGUUUAGCUUAGAAAAAUUUGUGAUAAAAAAUCCCAGUUCUAUUCUUCCUUGUUUUGUAAUCAUUUUCAGCUAACAUGUUUUGUAGUUGUAAAUUGUCAUUAUUCUUUUUUAUCUUUGUGAAGUGUGUCAUAGAAAAAUACAGAAUAUAUAGUCCUGUUUUAAUUUUUUAA